ACAAGAACAACAAAACAAAUCAUUUUGUGUGAUAAUUUAUAUCAAGAAGAAAUAAUAAAAUUCAAAGCGGUACAUACAACCAAGUAGACGUGUACACAGCAGAAUAACUAAAAUAAGUUUUGCAGAAAACAAGUUAAAAAAAAAUAAAAUUCCAUACAACAGAAAGCAAAUAAAAGAUACUGCCAAAGCAAAAGAAUAUAAAAAAACUUAAAAAAAUUAAAAGUGUGAGUUAAAGCACGUACAACAAACCCCUCCACAAAAAAACUAGUGAAUUUAACUUUAACCAACUUUUAUCAUCUAUCAUACACCUAAAUUUAGUCUCGUGUAAGAUAGUAAAACAAUUGAUACAAUACAAUAGUUUUGUGAAUGCAAUAUUUAUUAUUAUUAUUGAAAUAGUAGUGAUAUUACUUGGUCUCAUACAUACAAAAACAAAAUAAUUAGAGACGAGCCCCGUUUUUCAUUACUCAAACAACAUUAAUACGUGUCAGUGUGUUUGUAUAUAAAAAUUGCAACACACCCCCCUUUUUAAAAGAGAACAACAAAACAUCAUCGAAGAAAGGAAAAACCAGAAAAAUAUUCGUAGAAUACAUUCCAGCUACAAAAAAAAAAAAAAAACAACUGAAAAACUCAAUUCAUAAAUACAACGGCAAACUGUUAUACAGUCAUACGAUUUAUAAAUAAAUAGAAGGCAGGUUCCUUCAAAAGUACAACAAAGUCAAGUCAUACAGAAGCUCUGAACCCGAGCAUUCGUCAUACACCAAACAACUACUACGGCUACAACAACUCAACUGAGCAACGUAUAGAAAACGUUUUUUGGAGAAAAAAAAAACAAUUAAAUAAAUAAAGUAUAUUUUUUCCAUUUUAAAAGCCGAUUGAUUAUUAACAACUGCUACGAGUGUGGACUGGUUAAAGUGGUCUGGUCGUCGUCAUCGAGAGAUCUAUACAGAGCAAUACACGAAAACGCAGAAAGAAACCUUAAACAGAGUUUGUGUAGAAUUGAUUCCGUUGUAAGCAUUUAAACGAAACGGUCGAUACCAAAUUUGAAAGCGGAAAAAACGGCAACAUUUUGAAUUGUGCUGUGCGAGACAAAGCAAAUAUUAAUUUUAAACAAAAAGCAACUAUUCAAAUAAAACAAAUACACAAACUUUAAGCAAAAAGAAACAAUAAAAAAAAAAGAAAAAAUCUAAAGAAAAAUCGCAAAUAGAAAUAAAUUAAGAAACAAAAUGGAUAAAGAUUUAAAUGUGGCCAUGCAAAAUGCAUCUAUAAAUAAAGAAUGCUGUUUGAAAACGGCAACAACGUCUACAUCGACAUCUUCAAAUGGCUGUUGCAACAAUUUAGUGUGCAAUAAACAGACGUCGACAUCAUCCUGCCCCACCGCAACAUCACCACUCUCAUCCCCCUCGUCGGUUCAUUCCUGCUGCCAGCAGUCACUCAUCAAUGGUACCGUGAACAAUAACAACAACAGUAUGAAUUGCCAGAAAUUCUCACAAACCAAUGGCUCAUCGCAGACGACAUUGUCUUGCCACUGCAGCAAAUCGUUGGACGAAACAGACAGAUCUGGUGCGGCCGGUGAUGCUGCCAUGCAAUCGUUCAUGUCGACUGCCUCCGUGUUGGCAGAGGGCGACAAUAUUGCAUCGAUAUUGAACCACAAAACCACAAAUACGCCACCAACGACAGCACCGUAUGCCAAUGCAAGUGUCGCGGAAAAACGCAAGAUGGUGCACGAGUUAUGUCAGCAAUUGAUACUAACGGAUGAGCAGAUUAACGAACUAACUUAUCGUAUACUCCAUGAAGUUAAAAAAGGUUUGGCCAAGGAGACCCACCAGAAGGCGAAUGUCAAGUGUUUCGUCACCUACGUACAAGAUUUGCCCAAUGGCAACGAACGUGGCAAGUUCUUGGCACUUGACCUUGGUGGCACAAAUUUCCGAGUCUUGUUGAUUCAUCUGAAGGAGGAACAUGACUUCCAAAUGGAGUCUCGCAUCUACGCCAUUCCCCAGCAUAUUAUGUUGGGCUCGGGCACACAACUGUUUGAUCAUAUCGCCGAGUGUUUGGCCAACUUUAUGAACGAGCAUGACGUCUACAAGGAGCGUUUGCCUUUGGGCUUCACUUUCUCCUUCCCCUUGACACAGCUGGGCCUCACCAAGGGUCUGUUGGUCACCUGGACUAAGGGUUUCAACUGUGCUGGUGUGGUUAAUGAGGACGUAGUCCAACUGCUGAAAGAUGCCAUUGCCAGAAGAGGUGAUGUACAAAUUGAUGUGUGUGCUAUUUUGAAUGAUACUACUGGCACUUUGAUGUCAUGUGCGUGGAAAAAUCACAAUUGCAAAAUUGGUCUCAUUGUGGGCACUGGUUCAAAUGCCUGCUACGUAGAACGUGUAGAAGAGGCUGAGAUGUUUGAUGGAGCUGGAAAUGGUAAAUCACAUGUACUCAUCAACACCGAGUGGGGAGCCUUUGGCGAUAACGGUGCUCUCGACUUUGUGCGCACCGAAUUCGAUGAAGAAGUCGACAGUCAUUCUAUUAACCCCGGCAAGCAGGUCUUCGAGAAAAUGAUUUCUGGCAUGUACAUGGGUGAACUGGUGCGUCUAGUCAUAGUGAAAAUGGUCAAGGCUGGUGUUCUAUUUAGAGGACAAGAUUCCGAUGUUCUAAUGACACGAGGCCAAUUCUUUACCAAAUACGUAUCGGAAAUUGAGGCCGACGAACCCGGAGUAUUCACUAAUUGCCGUUUGGUUUUGGAGGAAUUGGGUCUCAAUGACGCCACCGACGAAGAUUGUGCCAAUGUUCGUUAUAUCUGUGAAUGUGUUUCCAAGAGAGCUGCCCAUUUGGUUUCCUGUGGCAUUGCCACGCUCAUCAACAAAAUGAACGAACCUCAGGUGACAGUCGGUGUGGACGGCAGUGUCUAUCGUUUCCAUCCCAAGUUCCAUCAAUUGAUGGUGGAGAAAAUCUCACAGUUGGUGAAACCUGGCAUCUCCUUCGAUUUAAUGUUGUCAGAAGAUGGUUCCGGUCGUGGUGCUGCCCUUGUAGCAGCUGUAGCCUGUCGGGAGGACAAUGUACCCAAGAAAAAACAGUAGAUCUGCUAGAAGGCAAUUGAGUUAUAAUAUACAAAAACAAGGUAUUAAGAUAAUAAUAUACUAAAUUACAAUAACAAAAAAGUUUAAGAAAAUAUGUCAAAAAAAAGAUGCGCUUACUUUUAACGAUAAAAUGAUGACAACAUGAACAGAGAGUUCUUUGAAGAUUACAUAAGCAAAAACGAAAACAAAAAAUCAUUAAUUUGUGAGUAAUUAUUUAUUAAGAACAAACAUUAAUAACCGAUUAAAAGUUGAAAGUUUAUUUUAUAUUUUUGUUGAUUUAAUUAAACUGUACCUGAAAAUCAAAACAAAACAAAAGAAAACAUAAAAUAAUAAUUAAAAUAAUAAACAAACUACCACGAAAACAAUAAACAAUUACAAUUAACGGCUUAAUUACGUGAUAAUUCCAAACAAUAAUAAGAAAAGGUGAAACAAUCACAAAUUGUAAAUUAUUAAAAUGUUAAACGAAUAUUGUAGUUAGUACCUUUUUGUAAUUAAGCCUACGCGCAUAAAAAACAUAAAUAGAUAAAGUGGCCAUUUAGAUCCCUCUAAAAAGAAAUACAGUAAACGAAUUUCAUUUGUCAUUUUUAAACUCUCCUCAAACUUUCUCUCUUUGGUAUUAUUCCUUUAAUAAGUAGAGCGAGAGCAAGGCAUGCAAAAUAACGGUUAUUUUUAACGAAUUUAAUUUCUAAUUUAUAGAGUAAUUAUGCUAAGAGAACUCUCUUUCAAUUCCUGUUAAUAUUCUCUCUCUCUAUCUUUUGUUAUUUCUUCUUUUUCUUCCUCUCUAUUUCUUUUUCUGAGUCAUACUCUUUACAGUACUAGUGAUAAUUUAUGGCGUAUUAAUUUGGUAUUGAUUUUUAUGAAAGAAGCUUUUGUUUUCAAAAAUUGGUAUUUAAUUCAUAGAAAACAAAAGAAAAGCUCAAAAAGACAUGAAUUUUAUCAGAUAAAGAAAACUUAAA